UUUCAGUCAGUCGUCGACGUGCAGCCAAACCGUUUGGACUUGGCUCUUCUCUGCUCUCUAGGCUCAAGAGCACUAGACCCUCCUAGAGGUCCUCCUCUGAGAGCUUGGAGUGUGCAAUUCAACAAUUGGACUAUUGUUUCAGUUCAGUGGAUUGUUGCAUAUGUGUUAGGAAGCUAAUUAAUUGGAAAUUUUUAACUGAUAGUGCAUUUUUACUAAAAUGUGAGAAAAUUGUGUGAAGAAUUGCAGUUGAAUGGAUCAAGUGAUGAUCACUGUUGAUCAUAGUUCAAACAUGAAUAAAUUAACUCCAGUGAAAGAGUUCAAACUUGAUAAUUUGGUGAAUUGGGAGUGAUUUGUUUGCGUUUUUUCGGCUUUUUGUUUGCUGUUGUAUCUACGAUCUUCUUGGGGAAUCACCAAUUAAGUACAAUCGUUUGCAAAUUUGUUUGAAGUGCCGUUUGGGUGAUUGAUUUGUGACGACAAUCUUCGACAGGCGCCACCGGCCAAAUUUCCCUAUCAGCUGAUUCAACGUCCAUCCGGACAACGAGACGAGUUUAAUUGAAAAAGAGCCCCAUUUGUUCGCGACCAACCUGCCGACGACUGCAUGCCGACUCCUGAGCCGAUAGUCCCGAUAGAAGAAGAGGAAGAUGACGAACGAUACGACGACAGCGACCAACGCCGCCUUCGAUCAUGGCAACUGUAAGAAGCGUGAAUCAUGGCACACCAAUGGCGAUGCAACGGAUCCACCGGGCGGAGGAGGCGGCGACAAAGACGACGGAACUGAUCCCGAUGGUGGAGGAGGCGGCGACGGCGGGGACCAGACAAAAGAAACGACCUCGCUGAAUCCGAAAGGAACGGCGCUAAGCGGGAACAAGGAACGGGCACUCGUGGUAACGCUGACCGGGGAGCGGCGUCGAGAGACAUGGAGCCAGAAGGCCGAGUUUCUGUUGGCGGUCAUCGGCUUUGCGGUGGAUUUGGGCAAUGUGUGGCGUUUUCCGUACAUUUGCUACCAGAACGGGGGCGGUGCAUUUCUCAUCCCGUACUGUAUCAUGCUGCUGUUUGGGGGGUUGCCCCUGUUCUACAUGGAGCUGGCCCUGGGGCAGUUUCAUCGGUGCGGUUGUCUGACCAUUUGGAAACGGAUCUGUCCGGCGCUGAAAGGUGUGGGCUACGCAAUCUGCCUAAUCGACAUCUAUAUGGGAAUGUACUACAACACGAUUAUCGGCUGGGCGGUGUAUUAUCUUUUCGCCUCAUUUAGCACCGAGCUGCCGUGGACGAAAUGCGGCAACCCGUGGAAUACCGACGCCUGCAUGCCGGUAACGUCGUUGGCGAACGCCAGCAGUGGCACUUUGGCCACACUGGUCGGUUCCAAUGUUAGCCUGGCGGUCAACGGAACCAUCGGCCUACUGGGGAAUGUGAGCAGCACCGUGAUAAGCGUUGGCAACGUGGUAGGCGAGGACAUCGUGCGGACCAGCCCGGCCAGGGAGUUCUUCGAGCGCCAAGUCCUGGAGCAGUACAAAUCCGACGGAUUGGAUUUUAUGGGUCCAGUCAAGCCGUCGUUGGCUCUGUGUGUCUUCGGUGUGUUCGUGCUGGUGUACUUUUCGCUGUGGAAGGGGGUUCGGAGUGCUGGCAAGGUGGUUUGGGUGACGGCAUUGGCACCGUAUGUGGUCCUGUUGAUUCUGUUGGCACGAGGUGUGACGCUUCCAGGAGCAGCCGAGGGCAUCCGAUACUACUUAACCCCAGAAUGGCACAAGCUUGGCAAUUCCAGAGUCUGGAUCGAUGCUGCAUCGCAAAUCUUCUUCUCCCUGGGACCCGGUUUCGGAACUUUGCUAGCUCUCUCUAGUUACAACAAAUUUAACAACAAUUGUUAUCGGGAUGCUCUACUUACCAGUAGUAUCAAUUGUCUGACCAGUUUUCUGGCGGGAUUCGUGAUUUUCUCAGUCCUUGGCUAUAUGGCCAACGUUCAGAACAAGUCGAUCGAAGACGUUGGUCUGGAAGGGCCGGGAUUGGUGUUUAUCGUGUACCCGGAGGCGAUUGCCAUGAUGAAGGGAUCGGUGUUUUGGUCGAUAAUUUUCUUCCUCAUGUUGAUAACGCUGGGGUUGGACAGUACUUUUGGUGGCUUGGAGGCGAUGAUUACGGCGCUGUGCGAUGAGUACCCGAGGACGAUCGGUCGGAGAAGGGAGCUGUUCGUGCUGAUACUGUUGGGGCUGAUCUUCAUCUGUGCACUGCCAACGAUGACUUAUGGCGGUGUGUACCUGGUCAACUUUCUCAACGUGUACGGCCCCGGGUUAGCGAUCCUGUUCGUGGUCUUCGUCGAAGCGGCCGGCGUCUUCUGGUUCUACGGCGUGGAAAACUUCUCCGCCGACAUCGAACAGAUGCUGGGCAAGAAGCCGUCGCUGUUCUGGCGCAUCUGCUGGAAGUACAUCAGUCCAACGUUUCUGUUUUGCAUUUUGAUAUUCUCGCUUCUGGGUUACGAGGCCAUGCUGGAGGGAGAGUACAAAUAUCCGGAAUGGAGCGUAGCGGCUGGUUGGAUGCUAACCCUAUCUUCGGUGCUAUGUAUUCCGCUGUACGUCAUCUACAAAUUCAUGAAAAGCGACGGGGGUUGCCGAAGUCGCCUUCGGCAGACGUUCAAACCGGAACCGUUGAUUCCGACGGCUGUGCCCGGACAGAUCUACUCCGGAACUGCCGUCUGACAUGAUUGCGCAAAACGAGGCAAACCGCCGCCGCAAUCGUUGUCGUCGUCGUCGAUGAAUCCCUGUUGCUGCAGCGGCCAUCACUGCUGCUACCAUUGCUUUAAUCGUAUCGAUUCACCAACGAACUGUAGCUGUUCCCCUGAUUGCAACAACUACUACAACUACUACUCCAGCUACAAUAAAGCUACUAAGCAUAAUGAUAGUAAUGUACGUCGUUCCGAUAGUGGUACUGAUAAUGAUAACUUUGAUGAUAAGCUUAGAGUUGGUCAGAUGUUGUUAAGUGUCGAACAAGAUGUACGCUGCUGCAAGAAGCCUAGUGAUAUUGAUAGUACUUACUACUCUAGCUACAACAACGGUGGUAACGGUAACCUAAGCGGACUGUAUUCCGAGUUCAGGACGAAGAAACUGUCGUUUCCUCUGGCCACAGAGUGGCUCGUUUGAUUCCAUUUGCCAAAGAGAGAAAUAUCUACCUUUACGCUGUACUGAUUUUGCCCAAGGACUUCCUAUUUUCCUAGAAUUGAAAGCCAAUUACGGAGUUGUUAUAUUUUUUAUUUUCGUUUUAUACAUAGUUUAGCUUAGUUGGGCCGAACCGUUACAAACAGCCAUAUGUGACGGUUUGGCCAGACUCAAUUCCUCAGUAAUUCAAUACCUCGCUCGAGUUAAGUUCAUAUUUAGCUAUUGAAGUUUAUGCGCAUUUGUUACGCUAGCAAUGUAAAAGAAAAAGAGAAUCUGUUACCAAAAGCAACGAGUUGAUAUUCAUAAUUAUAAGUAUUGUCUAGGAAUUAUGUUAAACUUUUGGGAAUAGGAGUGAUGUAUAGAAGUUUGUUGAAAGAAAUAAAAGAGAGCCGUUACUAAAUCCAAUUGAAUGUAUAAACGAGUAAGCUUUUAUAUAGCUUUAAGCUAGAGAGAAAUAUAACAAGGAAAAUCCCAUUAUAACAAUCAAGCUAUGAAAGAUAGUCUGUUCAGUAGACGCCUAGCUGGCUAAUAAGUGUUUGUAAGAUGUGCUUUUAGACCGAGACCAGUACCGAAAUCAAAUGUUUGUAGUUUUUAGGAAACCUGUACAACGCAUUCAGUAAGUUUUGUUUACUGAAAUUGGAUGAAAACGUUCCUGAAUCAACUCUGAUGUGAGGUUGUUCGAAUGAUACUAGCUGACGUGAGAGCUCACACUGCAAGCAGCCAUUUGCAGUUUGAGCACUUCGGGAAUGAGUACUUAAGCAGGAAGAAGAGGGUGCUCAUGGAACGGUUUUGUUGCUUGAAAUUUUCAGACAAUAAAGAAGACUUUCAUUUGGUUUGCUACCUUUAGAAUAAA